GCGCAACUAUAUAUCUUCCAUCUAUGAGUGAGAAUAAAAGUUGUCCUCUUUUUGAUGAGGCUGGGUCGGUGAUUACAAACGAUGUUAUGCACAUUUGUAUUCUUUUUCUUCAAACACUAUUUUUCCUCAUAAAUGGAAACUUGAUGUGAUACACGUAAAUUAUCUUUACACUGUAAAGAAAUAUCCUUUGAUCAUGAUGUCAUGGGCUUUUUCCCUUUCUUUUUCUGCUAUUCUUAUAUUUAUUUCUAACGUCCUUUUUCUUCUUGCCUUCUUACUAAAUAAAGCUUAUAAUAACCACUCAAUUCUCUCUUUUGCGUGUCAUUAGUGCUUUACUACCUCUAGACAAACAUUUUUCGUUAUCUCUGGUAAGAAUCUUAUCCGAGUCUUAUUGGAUUCUUACACAAGAAGUCUCCACGAAAAUGGCAAGAAUUUCGUACGAAUCCGAUAAGAAUCAGGUAAGAUUUAAAUAAGAAUGAGCUAUGACUUUGAUAAGACGCUCUUAUCAGUUUCUUAUCACUUCCUUAUGAAACUCUUACUAAAAGCCAGAUAUCGUUUUAUUUGGCAGAAGUACAUACUAUAUGAGCACCACCGAUUUCUUGGAAGUUUUUUCAAAGUUUCUUCAUGGUAGGUAAGACUGGUCGUUUUCAGAAUGUCUCGCGACCUCUUACACACUCACUAAUAAACUAUACAGCUAACUAAAGAAGGAAAAAAAACAUUGGAAGUUUUGUCAGUUCUUGUCGAAUUCUUACAGGAUUUUUAACUGAUCCUUAUCUGAUUUUUAUCAAAUUCUUGUCACUUUCGUACGGACUUCUUAUGUAAGAAUUCAAUAAGAAUCUAAUAAGAUUCUUAUCGGAGAGUCAUAUCGGAUUCUUAUAAGUUCUUUAUCAGAUUCCUGUCAGAUUAUUUUGUGAGAACUACUCACUGGAGUAGCCACUCUCUUCCUAGAAGAUUAGAUGUGUUGUGUAUACGACCACCUGCUCUUCUCAAUCAAAAGAUUAUUAUCAAAAUUUCAAUUAUUAUAAGGUUUGAUUGAGAACAUAUAGAUUUGAUAUAUUUAAAUGUAGGAAGUCGAAAGAGAACGCAUAUUUAUUUUUAAACAAUAAAAACUUCAACAGAAAGUUGCGCAUGGAUUUUUCAUUCACUUAUUGAUUUAUUUCAAGAACAAGGGAAAAACAGAAAAAAAACAACCAGUAAUGCAUUAAUAUAAUCGAAUGUUAACUUAUUAAAUUUUUAGAUUAGAUCAACUUAUUGUGAGUGAUUUAAUAAUUAAUAAUAAAAACUAUGACUCUUUGUAUUGCUCGCCAAUUUUCUUCGACUGAACGAGUUAAUUGUAUAGAUUCACAUGAGAAAAUCGAUUUAUUCGAUGGCAAAAAUUAUAUUUUAAUUCUUCAACGAAUAAAUGGAGGUAUAAGAACUUGUUAUGAGAUUACUUCUUGUUUAUAAAACAAUAAUUUUCUCUAGGGUAUCGUGUUUUAUGUACAUUGAAGAGUAUUUUUCAAAGUUUAUACCGUAAUUUAUCUGAUCAUUCAAAAAGUCUCAAAAAUUGGACAUCACAAUCAAAAGGGAUGAUUGAACAACUUGAUACCAUAUUUUGUUAUGAUACAACACGAGAUGUUAUCAUGAAAACAUUGAGUUAUGGUGAACAAUUAGCUCGAUGUUUAUUUGAUCCUAUAUUAAAAGCAAUACAAAGAGUAAUCGAUGACUUAGAUUCCAUCAUAAGGCUCACAUAUUCAAAUAAAAAAAAUGAACAUCAACAAUAUACUGAAAUUAAACAUCAACUUGAAGAUGAAUAUUCACGUGUUGCUAAAUGUGAAAAAAAAUUCCAAAAAAAACGUUCUGAACAAAAGAAAAAACGAGAAGAAUUUCAAUCAUUAAACGCGAGCAAUACCAGUAAUGGAAAUGAGAUUAAAAGAAAGGAACGUCAAUUAAAGACAUUGGCUAAUGACAUUAGCGAUUUGAAAGCUGAGUUAACAAAUAAACGAAAUGAAUUUCGUAAAAAUGCUCGAGACAUAUUGGAUGAAAAGUGUAAUCCGAUUGAACUUGAACAAUUAGAUGUAGUGAAUAACGCAUUGACAAGUUUUACUGAAGCUGUAAAAAUUAAGCCAACAAAUUUAGAGAAGUUAAAAAAGAUCCAUGAUCAAUUAGAAGAAUAUAUUAAAAAAAAUCAUCAACCAAAACAUGAUAUUGAACAGUGGACCAAUCGCUAUACAACCGUUAUUAAUGUCCCAGUUACACCACAAACACCACAAAAGAAUGACUUUGACGAUAAAAGUGACGAUGAAAAAUAG